GUAGCCGUAGGAUGUGUUCACUGAAGAUGGUUCCUGUGUGUCAGGAUCAUUGCCCUGGACAGUUGUAAGCGUUUUUUAACAUCUACACAUUUAAUUCAAUUGGUGAGCCUGACUCUGGUUUCAUCACCUUGUGGUCUUCAGGCCUGUUGUUCUCUGCAACGAUGGAGCCCCCUCCUCGGAGCGGACCACCUGGAGCAUCCAGUGGGCCCCCUCCUAGUGGUCCAAAUAUGUUUCGCAGAACCCGGCCUCACAAGCAUACAUCAGCUGUCCCUCCAGCCACCCAGCCUAUGACCGAUCCUUUUGCUUUUGGUAGAGCACCUACUCCUAUGGCAACUGGCGGUCUUCCCACAAUUCCCAACAGCAAUCCUCCUCCAAUGCUACCCCCGCCCGGCAACUUCUUUUCUCCGAGUGGGUCUGGACAACCACCACAACCACUAUACAAUGUCCCUUCUACCUCUACAGGUUCCACAGCACCCUCCCUGCCUGGAGUAACACAGUUUAAUCCUUCAAACACGGGGCCUCCUGGAUUUGUUUCAGUGGCAGGCCCUCCUGCCUUUACCCCUACUUAUACAGAACAGAGUUAUUUUAAUUCAAGAGAACCGACCCCAUCCACGGUCAGUGAUCCACCACAUGAGGCACCGUCAGUACCUGCUUCUAAUGAGACAACUAAUAAUCAAGAAUUCCAAGGACCUCCUCCUUUGUCUUUUCAGCCAGUGCCUCCUGUUACAUCCUCAUCUCAGUGGGCACCUGAUCAUGGAAGUCGUCCUCCAUCAGUUCAAAACUAUUUUCAGCCAACGAGUGACCCUCCAACACAACCUAUGCACAUGCAGCCAUACUCACAGAUUUUUCCUCCACACACACAAUCACCACAGCAUCACACCCAUACUCCUCCCACUCUAUCAGGACCCCCUUCUGUACAAGCUUCUGGCCAACAUCUAGGAAAGCCUCAGUAUAUUGAAGCAAAUACACCACAGCAGCACAACACACACCCCCCAAUGCAAAACUACUUUAGUCAGAGCACGAACCUCUCUCCAUUGGAUUCAGGGUACCACCAAAUGGGAUCUAUGCUCAGUGAAGCUCAACCCCCCUCUGAUUCUUCAUCUCUCAGUGCCUCCAGUGCUGGUCCAAGGCCUGCUUCUGCCCAUAUCCCACAUGUACAGUCACAGGAGUCCAGUACUCUGUCGAUGUUCUUCAAAGACGAUGUUGAAAAUAAGGAAACGCUUACAGGAGAGGCAAAUAAGGCAGUGAAUGGUGUCACUGAGGCUUUGCCGUACAGUGGUCAUGCAGAUGCUGUCUUUGAUUUUCAUGGAACGCCUUUACAACCACCUCCACAGAUGCCUUACAUGAAUGAGGAAUCAACAGCACAAGGAAAUGACCACAAACCGACUGAAUCCCAUUAUGACCAUGUGGAGAACCUGGAGUGUGUUCCUAAUCAAGAGGUGUUGCCUACUGAAAGGCACACUAGCCCUGUCUCCAUUGCAUCUCAUGUAUUAGACCAAUUUGAAACUGGACCCAACCUUGAAACUCCAGAUUCUGCCCCCAGACCAAUGAGAUCUGCAAGUGUCUCCUCUAACUACAGCAAUCUGAGUCAUGGAAGUGGCACCGGCAGUCGUCGCCACCAGGGAAUUGUGGGCACCUUUAUUCAGCAAGAAAGCUCUCGGCUCCCUGAUGAUGUGAAUCAAUCUGCAACUGGAGGUUAUUUUGAGCAGAUCGAUUCCUCUUCAACUGUUGAGGGGACUGCACAAAAUGCCACAGAAAAUAACUGGCUGCCCACCCCUAGCCCCCCCAAACCAGUUGGUAUAUUUCAGGCUAGUGCUAACAGUUCGUUUGAGCCAGUACGCUCACACAGUGUAGGUGUGCGUCCUGCUGAAGUUGAUAGGGCUAAUAUGGUUGCUGAAGGUGGAGCAGAUUCAACACCUGGCAAUUUAGAACAGCCACCAGACAAUAUGGAAAACAUUUACUGCCUAGGGCCUCCCCUGCCUACAGAAUCAUCAGGAAGUCUCUCUCAUGCAACACAUCCAGUGGUUCACGCUCACUCAAGGCCUUCAUCCCGGGCCUAUGGAGUGAGUCGGCCCUGUGAGAGUCCUGCCACCACUCUUUGGGCUCAGAAUGAUCCCAGUAGUUUGGGUACAAACAUCUUGCUUGUCCCUGCAGCACCGACAGUUCUUGCCCCUUUAAGAGAGCCGAGUGGUGAUGUUAUUCAACCCCCUGAAGAUGGCCCCUUGGAUCUCCAUGGAUCACCACAAAGUGUCCCGUCAGCUUCAAAUCAACUCUCAGAAAACCUGGAGAAUCCACCGAAGGUGAGUGAGGCAGAACCUGCUGACACUCAAGGAAACCUCGGCUAUGCUUCCCUUCUGGUCUCUGACUCGCUUCACCAACCUAUUUUGAUUGCCCCUCCAGUGUCUAAUUACACUGUAAUUCCCGCAAGCAUCCAGACACAAGCAGGGGGUCAACUGCCUUCAAAGUCUUCAAAUCAAAAUCCACUGUUUUCUUCAUCUUUUAACCAGAGCCCUCUCAAUUUGACAAGAGAGAAAACAGAACUUACUCCAGAAAUGACUGCUCAACCACCACCUGUACGCCCUCCACUUUCAAGGGGACAGUCAGUGUCUGGAGAGAGUCAGUCUUCUGUUUGUAUUCAUUCACAGGCUUCUCGUGUGGCUCCUGUCUCUAUCUCUAAUCAUAAUGCCCCAACCAAUUAUGAACUGCUUGAUUUUUCUAUGCAUCAAUCACAGACUCAAAACCAGACUUCCGGGCAUUCAUCCUCAUUACAUGAUUCACAACAGUGUAGUAAUGGCUUUUACCUACAGGUCACCAAAGACUUGCAGCAGAGUGUCAAAGCAGAGAGCAAUGCGUCUGUCCCGACAAGUGGCCCAUCAUCUUCCAGGCCACUAGCACCCAGUAACCCAGAGCCGAGCAUUCAGCAGCCGACCCCUGAACCUACCAAAUCAACUGCCUCUCAGUCUACACUGCAGAGCCAUACCAGCGCCCCUCCUGUUGCUGAAGCCGAAGCACAGUCCUCGGGUUCAAUGCAAGCCCCUGUCUCAGCUCCUCCUCCUGCUUACCCUCCCGGUCCCCACCAGCCAGUUUCACAGAGCCCAGGUCCAACGGGUGGUUCUCAACCGCUUUCUGGGCCGCCACGACCUCCCUCUACCGCAGGGAGUCAGCAGGGCUAUGGACCACCUGCUGCAGUUCCUCCAGGGGUUCCAGGGCCAGGAUACAGAGGUUAUUAUUCUGGCAACUAUGGAGACUAUUCAGACAACAGAUUUUACCUUCCUGGACAAUACCCACCACCAGUUGCAGAUACUAGGUCACAGUAUUACCCUGAAGAUCCAUACCGCAACAGGACAGAUCCUUGGUAUGGGAGGUAUGAUGGAGUCACUCAGGCUGCAUAUUGUGAUCAGAACUAUCAGUACAGAGAACCUCAACCAGAAAGACCAAGCUCCAGGACCAGUCAGUACUCUGAUCGACCUUCAUCCAGACAAGGCUAUCUUGAAGAAUACAGAGCUAACCGCAAUGCCUAUAAUGAUUACUAUCAAGAUUACUCAAACCAAUACAACUAUGCAGGCUAUAAUUAUGGAGGUUUUGAUCCUCGAUAUAGAGGAUAUUAUUGGUCUGGUGAGGGCUACAGAAACAGAGAAGCCCACUACAACCAACAGAUGUGUCCUCCUAGAAAAAAUGGAUAUGAUGAUCAGUGGCGGUACUAUCCUGGCUAUGAUCCCAGUUUUGACGAUGACUAUCAAUGGCGUGGAGAUGCGUAUAAUGAUGACUUUGACCGGCGCAGUGUUCAUAGUGAGCAUUCGGCACACAGUGGGCACAGUGCUCACAGCCAUCACAGCAGACAAAGCAGCUUCAGUUCACAUUCACAACAGAGUCAAGUGUACCAAAGCCAAACUGACCUAGUAUCUGCGGCCUUUGACCACACAUCAUCUACAUUGGCUGUUGAUUAUUCCUAUGGGCAGUAUCCAAACCAGACUGGCACUACACAGAAUUACAGCCAAUAUCCUUAUACCUCUGAGUAUCCCACUGAAAGCACGUGGAUAGCCCCUGAGCAACCCCCUCCACGUCCAGCUACCCCUGAAAAGUUCACCAUGCCUCACCGCUGUGCUCGUUUUGGACCUGGUGGACAUAUGGUGCAAGUGCUUCCCAAUCUCCCUUCAGCUGGACAGCCUGCACUUGUGGAUAUUCAUAACUUGGAGACAAUGCUGCAGGAUACAUCGGCUCAAGCUGAGCUCAGAGCUUUCCCCGGACCUCUUGUUAAGGAGGACACACAUAAAGUGGAUGUGAUAAAGUUCUCUCAGAACAAGGCUCUGGAGUGCUCACGUGAUAACAACCUUUUAGACAGGGACUCUGCUCGACUUCUGUGGGACUUUAUUGUACUGCUUUGUAGACAGAAUGGGACUGUUGUGGGCACAGAUAUAGCAGAUUUAUUGUUGAAAGAGCAUCGCUCUGUGUGGCUUCCUGGAAAGAGUCCAAAUGAAGCCAAUUUAAUUGAUUUCAAUAAUGAGCCCCUCUCACAAGCUGAAGAGGAGCCGGGAGCAGGGCCACUGUCUCUCCUAUCAGACACUUUCAUGACAGUUCCAGAAAAUUUGGGCAAAGAAACUGAGCGAUUCAGGGAGCUCCUACUGUUUGGUCGUAAAAAGGAUGCACUUGAAGCUGCUAUGAAAAGUGGUCUUUGGGGCCAUGCUUUACUUUUGGCCAGUAAAAUGGACAGUAGGACACACGCACGUGUGAUGACGCGAUUUGCCAACAGUUUGCCCAUUAAUGACCCACUUCAGACUGUGUACCAGCUUAUGUCUGGCAGGAUGCCAGCAUCAGCAACUUGUUGUGGAGAGGAAAAAUGGGGUGACUGGCGCCCUCAUCUGGCUAUGGUUUUAUCGAACCUUACACAUACACUGGACCUUGACACUCGCACUAUUGCCACAAUGGGUGACACUCUGGCAUCUAAAGGACUUAUAGAUGCUGCUCAUUUCUGCUAUUUAAUGGCACAAGUUGGUCUUGGAGUUUACACAAAGAAGAGCACUAAGAUGGUUCUUAUUGGCUCCAACCAUAGCUUGUCGUUUUACCUGUUUGCUUCCAAUGACGCCAUUCAGAGGACUGAGGCCUAUGAGUAUGCCCAGUCUCUGGGCUCACAUUCCUGUUCACUACCUAAUUUUCAGGUGUACAAGUUCAUAUAUGCAUGCCGCCUGGCUGAAGCAGGCCUCAGUGCACAGGCUUUCCACUACUGUGAAGUUAUCUCAAAAACUGUCCUCAUGCAACCCUCCUACUACUCUCCCAUAUUCCUCAACCAACUAAUUCAGAUGUCCGAGAAACUACGAUUUUUUGAUCCACAGUUGAAAGAGAAACCAGAACAAGAGCUAUUCAAAGAGCCAGAGUGGCUCAUUCAUCUUCGGCAACUGGACGGACAGAUGAGGACUGGAAUGAUAACAUACAAUGCAGACAGAUCCACCCCAGCACAGUAUGACUGCAGCUGCCCAAGCUCUGACUUGGAUGAGCCUAGUCCUACUGAACCAUACAACAUGCCAGGGGAGUUUGAUGGGAAUACACCAGACAACCCUCUAAUGAGCUCACUGUUGCCUGGGUCUGCAGCUCAGGGAGUUCAGCUCAUGCCUCCAGCUCCAACAUCCAUUCUACAAGAAAGUAUGGCCCCACCUCAGCUCUUGCCACCAAAUGAUGUUCCCCAAUUUUACCCUGUACCCCCAACUGGACCCCAAGGGCAGAUACCCUACCCCGGCUAUGCUCCGCACGACCCUGGAUAUGCCCCUCCACAAUUUCCAUCUCAGUCAGAGCAGGUUGACCUAUAUCCAGGCGGCCCAACACACAUGAGCCCUGUGCCCACUCACAUCAACACUGCAAUGCCACCACCAUCAGUACAAAUGAAUCCUCCGAACGCACAGAUGCCUCCCUCUCCUGGACAUUUACAACCUGUUGAGCAUGUGCAGGGGCCCCCAUUGGUUCAGCCAGGGCCAACAAUGUCUGCCUCCCCUCCCAGAAGCUCGCUAACUCCUCAGAUGGACUUCUAUGACCAAAUGGUACAAAUGGGUCCUGGAAGAAGAUCCAGAACUACUUCUCAGUCUUCAAUGCAUAUGCCAUCAGGAAGGAGAUCACGUACAACAUCAGAAUCAUCUACUCAUUCAAUAGGAAGAGAAAGAAGCAACUCUGCUAUUAAGCAGGUCUCCCCUCCACCACCCCCCAUUCCUGAACAGCCUAGAAAAGAAGAGAAGAAGGCUAAAAAAGAUUCACCCAAAAAGAGUAGUGGACGGGGCUGGCUGGACUGGAUUUAUAGGAAGGGAAAAAAUGAAGCUCACCUACCAGAUGACAAAAACAAAUCUAUUGUGUGGGAUGAAAAAAAGCAAAGAUGGGUAGAUCUGAAUGAGCCUGAAGAAGAGACAAAACCCCCUCCACCUCCUCCUUCUGGCUUCCCGAGUAUGCCCUCAAUGCCUGGUCCUGCAGCAUCCAUGUCUCCUCCCAGUGGCGGUCCUCCUGUCAACAUGUUCUCCCGGAAAGCAGGCACAAAGAGCAGAUAUGUGGAUGUCCUUAAUCCCAGCAGAACAGUCAACAAAUCUGGUGGAUCAGUUCCGGCCCCUGCAGAUAUCUUUGCUCCACUUGCCCCAAUGACCAUGCCUGCUAAUUUGUUUGUGCCCAGUUCAGCUCCUGACGAUCAACAACCUUUAGAAGGCAGUGAAGGGGGCAACCAAGAACAAAAUUCACCCAAUGCCAGCACUAUUCCCCAGAUGUUCAACCCUACGCUGGUACCACCUGCUCCAGAGAUACCUUCUGUGCCUGAUGGCUCCACAUCUGGAGAGCUGUCGCGUUCUAGCUCAAUGAGUUCUUUAUCACGUGAAGUGAGUCAGCAUUUAAACCAGGGUCAUCCUCCUCCAGGACCUAUGGCAACAGGAGGUGUCCCGUUUUAUAACCCUGCACAGUUUGCACAACCAAGUGCACCAUCUGGGGGUGGACUACGAUCUGGGCGCUUGGGCGGCCAGCGUCAGUAUCCAGUGAUGAAGUAAUUCUCACAAGAAGACCUUUCAGCUGUUGACAGUGACAUUUUUCCUGAAGUAACAAAGCACAUGGACUUGAACCUGCCUGUUUUCAUGCAAACCAUUCACAACCUGUUAUUGUCUGUUUCAACUGGUCUGGUGUUAUCUUGAAGGGCUUUACAUCCAGAGAGAUGGUUGUACUGUUAGGAGGAAAUGUUAACUGGUUAGUAUUUCCAUUUGUGCGAGGUUACCAGCCCUCACAAUCUCUGAUUGUGUGUAUGUGUGGAAGUUUGAAAGAUUGCUUUUAUUUUCUUAAGUUGACCUCAGUUUUUUCAGUUGCUUCGUAAACUGAUAAUUAGAGGGGUCCCAUAAUACCAAAAUAAGUGGUACUAUUAAGGAUGAAAAGGAAUCUUAGCUGAGACAGAAUGAUGAAAGAUGACAAAUUAGUAAUUUUUCCCAGAUAUUUAUUUAAAUGUUCAAGUUACCUUUCACUUUUGUUUCUGUGAAAUUUGAGAGGAUAAACGUGUUCUUCUAUUUUCCAGAGAUCAGGAUAAAACCUAAAUUUAACAUAACAAUUGUGUAUCCAAAUGUGUGUAAAUGAGAUGUAUUUAUGAUUAGCAGGCAUUAUUGUGUGUGUGUGAUAAGCUUUAUCAAAUCGUAUCCAUGACCGAUCAUUGCUGCAUACUAGACUAGAAAGAUGCACUAUGAAUUCAAAUGUGAAAGUAAAUUAAUGUUCACAAGAUAAUUAGUUUUUAAUAAAUUUGUGCAAGUAAAAAAAAAACAGACUCUAAAUUAGACCAUUUUUGCCCAAAUUUGUUUUUUUUAACUAAUGUUUAAAUAACUUGUGUACAUAUGAUAUAAAAUAGACUAAAUGAAUGCAAAUAAAAUGUAUUUUUAUGCUCUGUAGCACUUUCAGUGAAA